UUCAAGCCAAGCCAUAUAGCCCACAAAAUCCAUCAUUUUCUAAACUAAUCUGCACAUAUAUAAAUAAUAAGCCGAUGUAUUCAUUGAAAUUAUACAAAUCAAUCAAUCUUACAAAACAGCCAGAACAGGCAAAAACAUGGAUAAAUUAUUCUUGCUUUCUUUUCUUGGUUUGCUGUUAGUGGCUCAUGGAGUUGCAGGAAACAUGGUAUUUGACAACAUUGACAUGCUUGAAGAACUAGAAAACUUGGAUAUAGAGGAAGAAUAUGAGGCGGAAACUUCACCAAUCCCGUCUUGGACAAGUGAACGCGGUAGCAAGGUUCUUGUGAAUGUGGAUAGCUUCGGCGCAGUUGGAGAUGGAGUUUCUGAUGAUACCCAGGCUUUUGUAGAAGCAUGGGCCAUUGCCUGCAAAACACCACAAUCAGUUUUUUUGGUGCCUUUAGGAGGGCGUUAUCUAGUUAAUGCAACAAAAUUCAACGGGCCAUGCUCAGACAAAUUAGUUAUCCAGAUUGAGGGAACAAUAAUAGCACCAGAUGAACCGAAAAAUUGGGACCCAAAGUCCCCAAGAACAUGGCUUGAUUUUUCUAAAUUGAAUGGAGUCCUUUUCCAAGGGGGUGGAGUUAUUGAUGGCUCAGGUAGCAAAUGGUGGGCAGCAUCUUGUAAAAAGAACAAGUCAAACCCUUGCAAAGGGGCACCAACAGCACUGACUAUAGAUUCAAGCUCAGCUAUAAAGGUAAAAGGCCUCACUAUCCAGAAUGCCCAACAGAUGCAUUUCAUUAUUGCCCGGUCUGAUUCUGUGCGUGUUUCGGGAGUACAAGUCUCAGCUCCUGGAGACAGUCCUAACACUGAUGGAAUCCAUAUCACUGAAUCAACUAAUGUUGUUCUGGAAAACUGCAAAAUUGGAACAGGGGAUGAUUGCGUCUCAAUUGUCAAUGCUAGCUCUGCUAUCAAGAUGAAGACAAUCUAUUGUGGACCAGGACAUGGAAUCAGCAUUGGAAGCCUUGGGAAGGACAACUCCACCGGUAUAGUCACAAAGGUUGUCUUGGAUACAGCAUUCCUCAAGGAGACUACCAACGGCCUCAGGAUUAAGACUUGGCAGGGAGGUUCUGGUUAUGUUCGUGGUGUACGUUACCAAAAUGUGAGGAUGCAGGAUGUAGAAAACCCCAUCAUUAUUGAUCAGUUCUACUGUGAUUCUCCAAGUUCGUGUCAAAACCAGACAUCAGCUGUGAACAUAAGCCAGAUCUUUUACAAGAACGUUAGUGGAACUACAAGGAGCGCGAAGGCCAUGAAAUUUGCUUGCAGUGACACAGUUCCAUGUAGCAAAAUAGUCCUCAGCAAUGUGGACUUAGAGAUGAAGGAUGGUACAGUAGAAACCUACUGCAACUCUGCCACAGGCUUUGGCUAUGGAAUUGUGCAUCCUUCAGCUGAAUGCCUAUCUUCGGAUGACAAAGAAUAUAUCAUUAUCAAUAAGGAAGAAAAGGCUGAAGUUACAGAAACUAGCAGAGAGAAAAUUGUUCACACUGAACUCUAACUUGGCUCUCUCUAGAUAUUUAAGUAACAAUUAUAGUAUAUACUAAACUGGAUAAAUGGAUUUUAGAGUGCACCACUAUAGAUUUCUUGGAGGAAGUUUGAGGUGCCUAAGCAAAUUUUAAAUUAAUUUAAAAUUUUAUAUCAUAUAGUUAUAUACAAAUACUGGAGUAAAACUAAUUCAGAGAAAAUAGAAAGAGAUUGUAUAAUGCAGAUAAUACUGGAAAAAAAAAAUGUAUCAAUUUUAUGAAUAUUAAUUCAUAUAUGUGUGUGUUACAUUUUGGUGGUAAUACAUGGUAUUUUGUCGUU